AUGGAAAACUGGAUUGCAAAUCACUACGUUGUUAAAUCCUUUAACUCUAAAGAAGAAGAUGAUGAAGAUAUUGAUGGAGAUUCUAAUGACGAUGAAGAAGGGGUUGCUGAUGAAGAAGACGUUGAUGAUGAAGAAGAUGUUGAUGAUGAUGAAUAUAAAUUUUCCACUGAUAAAAUAGAAUCCUAUGCUCAAGAAAUGACUAAUUCUCCUCCAAGAUUGAACCAACAUAUUUGCUUCUCGUCAUCCUCAACAUCAUCUAAAACUCUUUCUGUAAAAAAAAUUCUAGAGAGAGGAUCAACUCCACCUCAAAUGAAACUCGCUAAUCCACUAAUUCAAGAUGUGAGUUCUCCUAGAUCAUCGUCUCCUUCUCCUCAAGCUGCAAUUGUUCCUCUAAUGCCAACACCUUUUCAGAUUGUUUCUACUUAUUAG